CACACACACACACGCACAUGCACGCGCGCACAGGGAGGACGGGAUUAGUCGGAUGCACAGUGGAGCUGGCGCAGUUUUGCUCGGUGUUUGUGUUGCAGUGUUUGAUGCGUGAUAUAACGGGAGAAACCGGAGCAGCAGCUCCAUGAGGAAACUGGGAUAAGAACAGGAGGAGAACGAGUUACGGUAACGGAUUGAUCUGUGCGUGUUUGUACCGGAGUCAGCCAUGGGCUCGAGACUGAGCCGCCAGAGCAGCCUGGACGGUAGCGGUGGAAGCUCGCGCAGGAGAGGAGCAGGAGGGCGGCGGAAACGCGCGGACAGCGACGGGGAGCGCGAGCACAGCGCCCAUUUCCCCGCAGCCGUGAUGUUGUUGAGGACAGACAGGUUGCGCGCGAGCGCUCAGAGUCCGUACGUGAGACGGGUGUCAUGGAUCCGAGACAUCCAACAUCUGCUGCGCGAGAGGAAGGUGGAGGAGGCCGUGAGUGUGCUGAGACAGCUGAGGAAGGAUCUGGGAUUAGAGGGAACAUCCCUGAAUGAUAUUUUAUACAAAAAUGCAGCUUUCCUCAACCUGGUGGAUCCGAUUUCACACGAGCUGCUGCUGAGUCUUGCCCGAGACAUGCAGUGUCCCAAAAAGGACUCGGACAUGCUGAAGUCAACAGAUAAAAUCUGUAGGCAGCUCAUUUAUCACCUGACACCGCACUCAAAGUGGUUGAGACAGAGCAUGAGCCGGAGAAAAGCCCAGGCCUGGCUGAAAACGACUCUCCAGAAGAAGCUCUGUAGCGACUCUGUGGAUCUUUCCGGAAUCCCCCUGUCCACACGGGACAUUCGACACGUAACGUAUUACCUCCAGACCAGUGGGGGCGCUGUUAUAUCUGUGGAUUUGAGCUUUACUGAGCUGCGGGAUGAAGGUUUGCGAAUCCUGUUGCCUGUAUUGAGCGUUUUGCCCAAACUCACCACUCUGGCGCUGAACGGAAACCGUCUGACUGUGUCCAUCAUGAAGGACCUGACCGAGGCUCUGAAAAUCCCACAGAGUUUCACGUGUCUGGCCUGGAUCGAUCUUGGGAACAACGUGGACAUUUUCACUAUGCCACAGCCGCUCCUGGUGGCGCUGCGGCGGCGCUGCAGCUUAAAGAGCAGUUUGCCCACCAUAUACGAGUACACGGAGGGGCAGCCAUACUGCUACCGCAUGGAGAGCUCCAUUGAGGAGCCGAGCCUUUACGAGGAAGAUGAAGAAGAUGAUGAAGAUGAAGAUGAGAUGGAAGAAAAACUAGACAUGGAGCAGUGGAGCCUCGUGGAGCAGAAGAGCUCUGGAAGUUUCACCUUAAAAUAUUGUGAGAGGUGAAGCUAACCUUUGACCUUUAGCGUUACCCAUCGCUGAGGAAGUAGGAAGUGGAAAUGAGCCAAAUUUGAGGAGGUCAGAGGGAUGGAGGGACAGCCUCUCCACACCACUUGUUGUCGCUCCAUGAGUUUCCCUGUUCCCCAUUCUGGCUUUGUUGUGAUCCAGCACCAUCAAAUUCACACAGGAAGUCAAACGGUGGCAAGAUAAAGACCCAGAGCACGCUCAGUUAGCGUAAACAAAAACCGGACACACACUCACCGUUUUAGCUGUUGAUGCUCAAUGGCUCUGGGGAGGGGCGGUUCAUUGGUUCUUUGGUGGGACUUUUAGGAGAUUCAGAGAUGUCACUUCUACUACAUACAAUAAAUAAAUAAAUAAAUAAAUAAAUACCAAUGAACGAUCCAGAAAAAUAAGUAAUGGACCAGCUUAGUCAUGAUUAGCUGAUUAACAUCCUUACUGAACAAGGAGCCCAAAUGUUUAGCUAUGGUGGAGCACUGUGUGUGUGUGGAUGUGUGUGUGUGUUUGUGUGUGUGGUCAGAUUUGGCACACACUGCCCCUGCCACACGUUGCCGCUAACAUCGCAAACACCACUUUGUUCGUUUCUAAUCUUCCAACAAAAGCCAUGUAAGCAGCUCAACAAACCUGUCACAUGAGCGCUGACAAAACUGCUACAUCAAGACUUUUUUCCUAAAACGUUCAGUUGUAGACGUCUGGUCAUCACUUAGCAACACGUAUCUCUGAAUAAUGCUAAAACACAUAAUAUUGCGAUGUGUUCCUUUUUGUCAAGGCUGUGCUAACACAGAGUGAAUCCUGCUAACUAUCUCUCUUCAUACCUGUAUUGAUUAUUAUAAAUAUCAUCUUUAUGCUAAUGUGUUACUUUUUCAAUUUAACAUAAUACAUCAUAUUAACCAAAAUAGCUCCAGGGCUAAUUUUAGCAUCAGUGUAUAAGGUAUUAAAGCUCAAUGUUAAUUAUAGCUUACUAAAUGAAAAGUGUACGCAUCAACAUAGCAACACAACAACAUAACAUGCUAGUCACUUCACUAACAAAUCCUAUCUGCCACUUCCUGUUUCUUCCUUUCAGAUGACGCUUAAAUAAGGAGUAAUACUGGUAGCAAUUACCAUUCUACCAUUCAUACCAUGCUACCUGGUAGCGAUUUCACUCACUUGGCUAAGACAAGAAGGGCUAGCAUGCCUAGUGUGACUGGAGCUCCAGUUUUUGCUACUUCCUGUAGCCAUUUCAACCCUUUAAAGUGGUUUUUUGCACAUUUUAGCCAUUUAUUGUAAAGGCUAAUUUUAUUUAAUGUCAAUGUGAAACACUGAUAUUGUAUUAGUGUGUAUCUAAAGCUGGUAUAUUUUCUUCCAAUAUGUGCACACACACACAAACACACACACAGAGUUGGUUGGGAAUAAUCAGACUGUAAAUGACAGCAGAUCUGUAAUAUUACUGUGAUGUAGUGUGUUGUCUUUCUACUGUGUGUACAUAUGUGUGUAUAUGUGUACUGCUGUAAUGUUGUCUUAACAUUGUGUGUGUCUGUGAUUUGUUGUAUUGUGUUAGUGUCGUCUGCUGCUGAGUCUUAUGUCCUAUUGAAGCUUGAGACUCAGUUUGUCCUUUCAUAGGGAUCAAACCACAACAAUAUUUAAAGAUGCAAAAAUAAUUCUGCUUAUUCGGACUUAAAUAAACGUCCCUAAAACUCGUCACUCAGACAAAGUCGAUCUGAACUUCUGCUCUGAUGCUGUUCACUCUUUUAACUCGUGUAAAUUUGAGGUAAAUGACAGAUUAAAGGGAAAUCAGAGUUUGAGGUAAAGCAGGAGAUUGAGGUAAAGUACUGAGGUAAACACAGACAUGGAGGACUUGAGGAUAAUUGGACGGUGAAGUAAAUCAGACACUAGGAACAUUUGAUUUUUGGACAAAAUUUAUUUUUUAUUUAUAUAAACAUUUAUUUACAUUAAGGAUGUUAAUAGCAUUAGCUUGUUUAGCCUCGGCUAGCGGAGUCCAUUUUAAACUUGCAGCCUUGUCUCUAAAUACAGUAUAUUAACACUUUUUUGGGCUCAUGAAAAACCUUUGUGUAAUCUGUGACACACUUGAGCUGUAAAUCACCUCAGUUCUGACUUUCCUGCUAUGCUAAUCAUGUGCUAAUAAUCUGCUUUAAUGUCAUUUUUUACAUAUAUCAUAUAGUCAGUGUUGAUACCUCACAAUAUUAUCAAUCCACUUGGAUUCAGUUUGGGAAUAUGGUGCCUUAUUUCGGCUAUACUGUUUUUGUCCCAAUGAAAAUAUACAGUAUGUUGAUUUCUGCAGAUAGCAUGAGAAUAAUCUAGUUUAGUUAGCGGUCAGUGCUACAUGAUAUUUAUUCCCACAUCAGAUGUAAAUGUUGAUGUUUCACAUAAAAAUGUCUUGUUUCUACAAUCGCUGUUUCUUUACAUUGCCCAUAUUUUUAGUACUUAAGGGCUAGGUCAGUCGUUAUACUUGUUUUUAGCUAAGGAAUGUGUUAGAUUUCAGUGUUCAUGUUGCUCAUGUGUCUGGAGUAGUGAUCGUUUGGGUUUUACUGUUUGUUUGUCGUGUGUCACGUGUUCAACUUCUUACAUUCAGCACACUAAUCUAAUGUCAGUUAAAUACCUAGCAUUAUUUCUUUAUUAAUAAAAGUCACUUGUUUGUAGACUGCUUUGUUGUUCCCAAGACGUAAACUAGCUGAAUGUUUGCACAAAGUUAACACAUGUAACUUGCUAGAUAACGAUUGUUAGCUAGCUAGUUAUGCUAGUCUUUUUGUUUUAUAUCUAGUGAGCAGUUGUGUCUCUGUAGCACAAACGUAGCAUACUUCAGAAAACAAUAUUGCGUCAUGUCAGGAGUUGCACAUCGGCCCCUUGUCAAGCUCGAGCGCAGUGUGUUAAUGUUCACAGCAGAAUCGGUUGUGUGUUAUUAAAGCAAGUCGCUAACUGUGUUCUUGUUAUUGUUAUCGUUCCUGUUUGUAUAAUGAGUCUUUGUGUCGAACUGGUGUUUGUUAUUAAAUUGUGAUUUAAACAAUAAUUUAUACGACUGUUACACAACACUUGAGUAAUAAAAUGACUGAAUAUUGAAA